AUGGACAGUAACAUACCUUUCCAUUUACGCCAUGCCGCUCUUCGCGCUGCUCACAGUGCCCGAGAAGAAAUCGCCUCGAUCGAUGUCAUUGAUGACGCGAGGCUACGAGAGAUGGUUUUAACCAAUCUCUCCCCCGCUAUUAUGUCCGUGGUUUGUCUGCACCCAAGUCCAAUGCCCGCCAAUGAUGGUUCUGAUCCGCUUUUUCGAUUAUCACCGCGACUUGAUCGCCAUAUCGAUCGGUGCAUUAGCAUGAUUCCGAAGUACUGCAAUUCCGAAUACUACAGCCAGCAUGCCUUUUACAUUGCUGGUAUCCUCCUCCAAAUUGCACCUGAACAGUCAUCGGAUACAUCGCUCGAUUCUGUCACAGAGCAGCAGUGGUGGGACGUGAUGAGAUGCGCGUGGUAUUAUCUUCCCUAUACCAUUCGCAGAGCACACGAUCCAGAGAUCCUUGUCUUUGUGGAACGCACAAAGAAGUAUAUGCAGAUCGCUUCGAAAUCUGAUAUCGAGAAUCUCAUCGGAAAAGUGGAUGAUGUUCUCGACAGUAUGGAACCGGAGAUGGGACUGAAUAUGCAAGAUCUAGAGGAAGGUGGGGCGGUCACCAUUGCGGUGAAGAAGUUGAGGGAUACAGCGAGGAACAUGCUGUAGCUAAUUAUGAUGGUGCUUGCAUGUUGUGUUAGAGUCCUGGAGUC